AUGUGGCGAGUUGUUUCCCAGUACGUUUCGUCAAUGCCUGAUGUAUUUGUUCAGGCUAAGCUUGAGUUUGUCAAGACUGUGGCUGGGGCGCGAGAAUAUCAAAGAUGGUCUGCUUGUAUUGAGCAAAUGAUGACACCAAUGGACAUGACUCUGGGGAGGAUGUAUGUUGAUGCACAUUUUGACGAAGCAACUAAAACAACGGUAAAGUGACUCCUUUGAUUUAACGAGUUUUGAGUGUAAAGCAGCCGUAUUUUGGGGCUGAUCAUAGGAAAGUUUGGAAACGGAGUGUGAGACUGGGGAGAGAUGGACGAGUGAGGAAACGCACGGAAAUUCAGUUAUGGCGGUUCUCGGUCCAUGCGUGCGGCGAUUAGGGGAGAAAAAAACCAUUCUGAUUCGAUUUAAGGUGUUUCGAUAGAGUUUUUUGGAGACCAUACAGAUAUUUUUCAAUCGCCUUUAAAGUGAUUUUAGUCCAGUCCAAUCGCAAUAAAAUUUUCACCACCAACUGAUCUUCGAUUGAGGUUUGUCAAAAUGUAGUUUUAUGUGGUAACGCGCCGGCAACGAUAAACAAAAAUCUUUGAAAUCAGAUAAAGACGAAUUUCGGUAAAUCUAGACCUGCCAUCUUUGAGUUUUUAGUUUUCCCACGUGUCAGGUGGAAGUACUAGUCUCUAAAGCAAAACAAAAAUGAUAAAGAGGUCUUAAAUUAUAAGUCGAAAGGUGCACAAUAUAAAAAGUCCUGGACAAAAUAGAUAAUGAAGAAUUGACAACUACUUUUACCAGGGGACACAGGCAUCAUGCACUUGAUUUGAGUUUAUAUAUUGUUUUCUUAGCGUUGUUUUUGUUUUGUUUCUUUUAUUUCCGUCACUGAUCAGGUGUAGUUGCUUUGACACUUGCUUCUGUUGGCAUCUGAUGUUGUUAAAAAAUCUUUCUUUUGUUUCAGGUACAGGAAAUGACGACUCUUAUUCGCAAGGCCUUUAUCAGUAACCUCGAUUCAGCGGAUUGGAUGGAUACAGAAACAAAAGAGGCUGCCAAAGAAAAGGUGCAGUUUAAAAUGGCACAGAAGAAAUUUGCCUGAAUUUCAGUGAUGUUGCCUCAGAAUGCUGGAAACCUCAUUUCUGAGGAUUUAAAUUUCGAAAUUUUAUGAGUGUGCUUCCCAAUCCCUUGGAUACUUCUGCUCUAACUGGUCGUUCAUUUUUUAACUUGUUACUAAAGAUCUUAUUUUUAACAUAAAGCUUGCCUUGAAGAGAAUAUAUUUAGCAUAUAUAUUGAACAUAUGAAACCACGCAGGUAACUGUCUCUAUUGGCAGGGUACAAACCAGAAAAUAAAUUCUGUAACUCGGAGUAGUUCAGUUAUUUAACAAUUAAUGAAUGAGGCUGAGUAUCUUAUAAAGAAUAGACCUUGUCACGGUUUUCGACGCCAUCUUGACAAGUAGGCAAACGCGUGAGAAAUUAAAGUGAUUGUAUGAGAAUCUAAUGUCGAAUAAUUUCCGUAGAACGGCUGUUCUGAAAAAAAUAUGACUUGUAAACUAAAGCUUCACUUCUAAAGAUUCUCCUGAAAAAAAUUGAGGGCGUUACAUUCACUUGAAGACCCAGAACCACUUUGUUAAAUUUUCUAUACAUUUGUCUGUAAGAAAGUCCCGGGAAAAUUACAGACAAAUAUAUGGAAAAUCUAAAGCAAGCCUCGGGAGAAAUUUAAGCACAGGUACAUCCCCAAAAUUUUUCAGGACAAUCCUUUGCACUGUAGCUUUAGUUUACAAUUGAUAUUUUUUUCAGAACAGCCGUUUUACGGUAAUUAUCCGACAUUAGAUUCUCAUACAAACAAUGUAAUUUCUCACGCGUUUGCCUACUCGUCAAGAUGGCGUCGAAAACCGUGACAAGGUCUAUUAUGGAGAUCGAGGAGGGUGUUAUCCGUCGAGGCCGUAGGCCGAGACGAAUAACACCCUCCGAGAUCUCUAUAAUUCUUCAUAUGAUACGAAAGCCGUUUUAUUAUUCAUUCAAAAUAAUUCCUAGUUUAAAAACAUAGCUAAAACAAGCUUACCUGCAUCGAUGCAAAGUGUCACUUCACCGAAGAUACACUUAACGUUUAGGUUUGUCCAGCUCCGCAAAUAUUCUCCAAAUAGCAGAUGUCGCCCUCCGAAUUGUCUUCUUGCUGUUUUUGUUAUGUUUUUAGCCAUUAUUUCGCCUAGUUCCAGCUGUAGUUCUUACUCUUGAAACGAGUGGAGUGUCUGCCAUUUUAGUUUUUACAACGAAAACAACUCAAUCUCGUCCCCAGGUCUUCUCGGUUAAAGGUGCAUUAACCUGUAGAAGGCUGCAUUUCUUCCAAAUUUGGUCAUCAGUAACCGGUUAUGGUGAAUUAUGCGUGUGCUUUUAGCCAAUCAGAAUUGGGGAAAUAUUUUGAAUGAAUAAUAAUGCUUAUUAAUUAAUUGUUAAGUUCAGAGUCGCCAACUUUUGAGAUCUGGACCCUGACCAGAAAGUUUUACUAAAAUAAUGGCACUAACACGUAAUAACAUAAUAACAUGCCAUCAUUUCAGGCCAAUGCUAUAAAAGAGGAUGUGGGAUACCCACUAUACAUAAAAGACGACUGGAAACUUGACCAACAUUACUCCAUGGUAAUGUAGAUUUAUCGUAAUUUAGGCGAAACAUUUUCCCUUAAUUAAAAUGACCUUUUGUUCUGCCUGUUGCCUGUUUACAAACAAUAACUACGUAGUUGUGUCUGCACUGAGAAGUCGUGCCGUUUAGUGGCAUUGAUUAGGCAAAAUAUCAGGGUUUAUUAGGUAGAAGGAAAACGCCGUCUUUUCAAAUCUCUUUUUCCCUAAUAGGCCCUAAGAAGGCAGGGGCAACAGGGGGCGAAACCAGCAAUGCAACAUGGGGCAGUUUGUUUUUGCUCCUUUUGCCUCGCCCGCUUAUUUUCAUUUUUUUUUUGGUCUACAAGAGCAACAGAAAUUAGUCCACCUAUCACGUGGCUAGUCUCUGAGGAAAUCAAAUCAUGUCAUUGCUUAUUAUCUCGUCUAGAUUUAUACAUUUAUUUUGUUUUGUUGUGUUUUCCAAAAUCACCAGCUGACAAUCGAUGACAAUUAUUUUGAAAACACAGUGGCAAUGAACAAGAUGUUGGUCCAAAAAAACUUUGGAAUGCUUCGUCACCCAGUCAACAAGGAUUUGUAAGUAAUAUAAUGCCGCUUGUCAGCCCAUUUCAGCCAAAGAAGGCUGAAGUUUGAUUGAGGAUGUGCAUCAUUUGAUAUUCCAGAGUUCACCAGUAUAUCCGUAAAAUAGGACCUUCAGGAGAAACAGCAACUAUAAGUCAUUCAGCUACCUUUAACAUGUUGUUUCAUAUUAGUCAGUAAUCAUAUUCCCCAACAUUCUGAUUCAGGCACUUAAUUUACAACAACAAAAGUAACUGCUUUCCCUUUAGAAUCCGCUUCUCUACUUAAAUAUAAGCCACACUACGAGUAACAACUCGUACAAAAUUAUAAGUCAUAAAAUUUCAAAGUCUGGUUAGAAUUUGUUUUCUAAACUAUCAAUUACCAACAUUUCGAUUCUGAAUUUUAAAACAAGUUAUAUACAUAAAUCUGCUCUUCUAGGUGGGGAAUGGGCCCUGCACAAAUCAAUGGAUAUUACAAUCCACAGCAAAAUCGAAUAGGUAUGUGGGAGUUCCCAUUUCGUGGCAGGCAUGUUGUAGUUGAGGUUGGUUAGAAUAAAAAUCCGUCAAAAUUUUACUUUAGCUUCUACUUUGUUUUAAUGAAAACGAAAACCAAAAAUAAACAAGAAACAAAACAGUAGAAGACAAACGUAUAGAGGCCAUCCGGAAUGCACAAUAUCAGAAAGAUUUAACAUUGCUCUAGAGAUUCGGUCUAGAACUCGGAGCGGGUCGUGAGUUCAAAGCUCACUUGGACUUCGGGAUUUUUUUUGAGCUUUCUCGUGUUUAAUUUCUCCUUCUUCCAAAUUGAAAUACAGCAUAGUUGACUGAUAUUUACGCACGACCACAAGUCUUGUUAUGAUCUGAAUAACAGCUUAGUCGCACCAAUCCGCAACCCUGUUUAAUUUUGUACUCAUUUGUCUUUUUUUUUCCAUAGUAUUUUUGGCGGGAAUCUUGCAAUCACCUUUUUACAAGAAAAAUGCCCCAAAGUAAGUGAUACGAAGUCGACUUCGUGACAUUUUGUGGCUGUAAAACUGUUUGUAAACCACAGAGCUCGAGGCGAGAUAAAUGUCUGGCCAGAGAGAUUUUUUUUAUUAUUAUUUGAUAAAAAUUGCACAAAAAAGGUAACCACGGAGCAGCAAAUCUAGCUCAAAUGGUCGUUGACACACACAACUUUCUGACUGAAACCCUGACCUGCCCUUCCUAAAUGGAGGAUAACGGCACGGAGGGUCUCCGUUAUAUUGGGGUUAUUCUUUACAUCUGAGGUUUUAAGUGCAUCAUAAUGUUAUGAAACAAAUUACAUACUACUUUCUUUCGCCAGGUAUCUCAACUAUGGUUCACUGGCAAUGGUCAUUGGACAUGAAAUUACCCACGGAUUCGACAAUAGAGGUAUUUUUUCAGUUAAAGAGUCUGCAGGCAUGAACGUUUUCAGACGACACGAAACUGAAUACAUCAAACUUAAUGAACAUGAGACUUACACGUUACGAAUUGCUAGGAAGAUCCUGGAACAAACAAGGUCAAUUUCUGUUGAAAAAGGAGAAAAUAGGCUUUAAAAAAGUCAAGAACAGACCACACUGUUUUAUACUUCAUAUAGUCAAGAUUUAAACAUAGUAAUGUCUUUCUCUUUUCUGUAAGUUCAGACGAUAUGGGAAAAUUGUGAUGUGUUCGUUUUUAUUACUGAGUAACAUCGAUUUUCACAGCUUAAUUCUAAGUUUCUUGGUAAGAUUUCGAGCGCAUGACAGAGGGAAAAAUGCUGGCGCCGUCAUUGCAUCUUUCACAUCGUCCAUGACUACUCUUAUAGACAAUAGUCUCGACCAAUGAGCCUGCGACAAUUUCUACACCAGUUUUUUUUUUAUGUAUACCAAGCUGUUUCGUAUAUCCUUAUCUCUGCUCUUUGUAGGUCGUCUUUUUGAUAAAAAUGGGAAUUUUAAGGAUUGGUGGUCUUACGAAUCGGAGUUUAAUUUCAAAGAUAGGAGCCAAUGUCUUGUUGAUCAGUACAGCAACUACGAGGUGUUUGGAAAAUACGUAAGUAUAUAGCGCAAUAACUUUAGGGGCAAGGAUUUUCUAAUUGAAGUCUCCUGUGUCGUAAAAAUCGUAAAAUUAAUCCCAAAUAAACCAUUGUAAUAAAGCCAAAAAAAAAAACUUUUGGCUAAGAUACUAGCUAGUACUAGAAGUGCUAGCUCUUUCCAAAAAUACGAUGUUAUUACACCCCAAAAGUCUGUAGCCUGGUUAAGAAGGCAUCCCGGGGACGAAGUGGAAAAAAUACGGUACGUCGCAGGUACGGGGUUGAAGAGGAGCCGAAUUGCAACAGUUUGUACGAAACGUACUGUCUUACUAUUAUAGGGUUCCAAACAGUUAAAAUUAUGAACAUUUUUAUGAUAAUUUUACAUUGUACUUAUUACAUUAUUGAUUAUUCUUUACGCAGAUAGACGGUCAACAGACGUUGGGUGAAAACAUCGCUGACAACGGAGGGAUAAAACUAGCAUACGAAGUAAGUUGGCAUAUGAACAAAGAUGGAAGUGUUUUUCAACUUAAGCAUUUGUUGCUUUACCGUUUUUUAAAGAUCAUUCUCAGUAUAGAGUCAUGUGGCUGUGUUACGAUUCUCUGCUAUUUUAUUGCAUUGUUUUACACUUGCAAUGCAUUCUAUCAGUUGCCAUGGUACUGUGGAAAAAUGUAUGGAAAUUUGUGUUUUUAGAAUAACGAGCAUCAACAGAGACUGAGAUAUUCUUACAGGUUAUUGUAGCGUGCUAGUUUCUUACCUUUUUGUUUGUUUGUUGUUACAUUUGGCCAGAAAGAAUUGAUUCAGUCGCAGAACUACACUAUGCAACCGUAUUAUUGAUAGAUAAGGCCAUGACUCUUGAACCUCAUGGCCUAAACCGCCUUGACGAAUUAUUGUAAUCCAUAUACUUAGUAUUUUUCUUUUCCAGUUUUUAUGUUGUACGUCAUUUUCGCCUCUCCUUUUAUUGCGACAUUCUCCAUCUAUAUAAUAUUGUGAUUGCUACAUAAGUACAGUAACAUCUGUAAACCUGAAGAAGGCCGGUAUGGCCAGCCGAAAUAUUGUUAUAAAAAACAAUACACGUUGUUUUAAAUCAGCUUUGCGGUAGUCUUUGGACUUCUCGUUCUUGGUUCUUUAUAUUUUGGCUGAUUUGAUCUCUUUCCUAGAGAUCCAACGUUUACAACUAGCAGGAUCUUCGUCCAAGGUUUUGCAGUUAAUUUAAUCCUUUAUUAUUAUUGCAAGAGCCGAUUACCCGAUUGGGGUCAAUCACUCGAAGAGCUUGUAUGAGAGAUGAAGGCUCUUGGUAAUCAGCUCCUAACAAGAGCCAUAAUGUGACCCAUUAUGGCUCUUGGCUCCUAAUUAUUGAUAUUAAUCUUGAUUUCUCUGUCAAAUUCCCUUGUGCUUCAGGCAUACCAGUCCUGGGUGAAGGCCAAUGGAAGGGAGAAUCCUUUACCCGAUCUUUCAAUGAGUGUGGAUCAACUUUUUUUUAUCGGAUUUGCAACGGUAUGUUUUAAUACUCGGGCGUUCUUUCCACCGUCGCCGUUGCCCGUCGUGGUUGCUUAGGGAAGGACCAUAAGGAAAGUGAACGGGGUGGGGAGUCCUGCUUCAGCGUGGAAAUUUUUUUGGCUCGCUAUGUGUGCAUGUUUAUUUUCUGCCUGUCUCAGCUGUGUGCAUUUUUUUCUCGUAUAAUUUUUCAUGUAGAUUUUUUCUUUUUGUUUUUUUUCCCAAUCCCGCUCUCUUCACUUCUCUAUUUGUCUCUAUUUUUUUAUUAGCCCCCUUUCAACACCUUGAUUCUUGAAAAAACGCUACCACGACUUGUUUGUUCAAACCCUGGGCUUAUACAUCGUCGUAAGGGGUUUUAAGAGGGCUAAUAAAAGGAAGGGCGUAUAACCGGAAUAGAAAAAGUGCUUUGAAACAAGCUAUAACGGUGCUGAUCAAAAUACGUUUUUAAUUUACUGAUAGCCUGGGACCAUGCUCCGCAUUGGGAGAAAAAGGAGAAAAAUAUUGGUGUGCCCGAUAGUCUGGGAAGGCCCGUUCCCCCUUUUGCCCCACUGCCGAGCAACUGCUGAGCCUGGUUCCAGGCUAAUUUACUGAUUUUUAAUUAAGCUUCAAUACUAUACUUCAUAAUUAAUCGAAUUCAUAUCAGUACAUUUUUAAUAAGAGGGAAUUUAUACCCAGGGGGCUUAAAAUCGGAUUGUUGAAAGAGCUGUUUAAUUUUCUCGUCGCUAUAGCACUUGCAACAUUAUUACAUGAGAAAAAGGCUGUUGUGUGCCGGUAUGUGAAGUUAAGUGUUGGGAUUUUCAGUUCUACACUAAUGAAGUCUGAUUUCUGCAUCAAAACAUUUUUGUAUACCUAAAAGUCGUAGUAUUUCUCAUGGCAAAUCCCUAGAAUAAAAACUCUCUUCAUAAUGGACCUCGUUCGAGAUAAGAAAUGAUCUUUUACAUAAGCUUAAGUAUUAACUAAAUAUCUGAUAUUUCUCCAAACGCGGAACGGGGACUAGAAAACAAGCUAAAACACGAGCAAAGCCUAUUCUCAGCCGGCUAAUUAUAACCAGACGAACAGAGUAAAUUACGUGGUUCUUUAAGCUUACCUUUUCCCCCUGUUUAUGAGCUAUGGUUUCAUCUGUUGUGGCCGGACCAAAACACUGAUUUUGUAGCGUAUGUCGUUGCAGCGUUGGGUAAAGCUUUAGCUUUCCAGAAGAUACAAUCAUCACUGACUUAAUUUUUGAACUUGUCAAAAUUAAAACGCCCUGUAAAGCAAAAGUAUUUCUGGAGAAGUUGUAAAUGGCGACUUUUCUUUUGACUGCAAAUGUCUCUCGGCUGAGAAUCAACUGAGCAGCAUAAAAUAUUCAAAAUUCCCGCGCAGGAGCAGGCGGGAGGCAUGACCGCUGAUGAAUGACGUCACAUGUAAAUAUUGACGUCAGAAUUUUGGCUGCUUUUCCCUGGUAAUGAUUGUAGGCUAUGCAAUUUUGCAAAUUACUAGCCGCUCAUUUUUUUAUGAAGUAAGGCAAAGGGGAAGGUGGAAUACGUACGGAGAGAAAUACCAAGCGAGAGAGGCUCCGUAGGGCGGGUAGGAGAGAACCCUUGGAAAGUGGUUGAGGAGGACAGGCUAAAAAAAAUAUGGUGUGUAAAGUAAGGUUUAAUAAAUAAAUAAUAAUAAUCUUUUAUUAGGAAACUUUCGUCAGAUCAGUGGUUUACAGAAAGACCACGAAUGUAAUAAAGCCCACCAAUGCAAUGAAAACCAUAUUAGCUCGAAAGAGCGCUCUCUCGAAUAAGUACCCCCCUCAAAUAUGGGCUGUACAGAAAAAUUAAAUUUUCCCGAGGAGGUAUAUACUAGAUGCCUCCUAAUCUAUUGUGUAAACCCAAUAGCAGCCCUAUCUUAAGGGGAGAGAGAGGGGGGGGGGGGGGAACAAAAAUUUGGGACAAAAAAGGAGGACCGAAAAAAAAAAAAAUUAAAAAAAAAAAAAGGGGGUAGAAAAAUAAGAAGAAAAAACAAAAAGAACUUAACAAAAAUUACCCAAUAUUUAUUAUUGUACCCCCAUNAAGCGCAAAGCAUAGUUUAUAAAGAAUGCAGUGGUUUUGGGCGUGUCUCACAAAAAUAACCUAUUGAAUGAAGACGCAUCAAGUCUCUGUAAAAUAGCUUCACACUGCAGCGUGUGCAGAACAAAGCAAAAUUAAACUAUGAAAACAAAUCCGCGUCGACAUCCACAAUAUGUUUUUCUAUUUUAUUUUAGACACAGUGUAGUGUUUACAAGAAGAAAGCGGCUCUCUACCAAUUGAAGAGGGAUGUUCACUCGUAUCCUAAAUACAGGUUAAUAUUCUUCGCCAUGCUUCGUAAUUCUAGACACUUGAUACUUAUUUAGACCCUAUAUAGCUAUUUUCGAAUAUACGUGCCUGAAACGUUUAUAAAAUCUAGUUAACAGUGCCCUUUUGAUCAGACAUUAAGUGAAAUAAUAUCAUCAGCAGUAUGAAUACAUCGGAUUUAUAGAGGAUAUUACACGGCGGCACGAAGAUAUGAAUUUUAUUUUCGAGUGGCAAAACAAUAUUUUACGAACGAGCGCAGCGAGUGGGUAAUUUAUUAUUUUUGCCACGAGAAAAUAAAAUUCAUGUCUUCAAGCCGUUGUGUAAUGUUCUUUUUAUUAUAUAGACAAAAAGACAUCGAUAAAAUAAUAGAGGGAAAUUACCGAAAUUACGUCAUCGAUAAACUCACGUGUGAGAUUAUGGAAAAUAAACCACUCGGGUCCCGGAUGUAGUUUUUAUGAAUUUUACGAGUGGUAUAUUUUCCAGUAAAACACUCAAGUCUAUAUAAUAAAACAUGAUCCGUAACAGUUUAGGCAAAAAAGGGUAUUGCGCAGACCACCCUUAUAAUGAGCUUUGUUGGUUUAUGUGAAGGCCGACAAGACAAGUAAAACGGUCCUACACCGAAUACUGCAACCACCCUUCCAAAAAAAUGUACUCUUAGCACUGAUUUCUAUUGGCUUUUCAUAUUCCUGCACUAGUCUGUAUAUAUAUAUUCACAAAACUUCGAGUCGUUUACAAUAACAAAGAAAAACCAUCAAACAUCAAUUAUUAAUACCAUUGUUCUUUUGUUCUUUCCAGAGUCAUUGGCUCGCUAUCCAACUUUAAUAAGUUUGCGAAGGCCUUCAAUUGCCCUAUUGGAAGCAGCAUGAACCCCUUGAAGAAGUGCUCUGUAUGGUGA